ACUCAAAGGGAAGGCAUAGAAUAGAACAACCUCGUCGGCCCUCCUGAGAAAUAGCACUGCAGUUCAAGUGGGUUUUCUUCAAAAAACAGACCUGCAGAGAAAUGUAUUGGAGACAGAAUACUAGAUUUAUUUUAACAGUGACUCUGGCCUUGCAAGUUCUGAACUUUGGAAAAGGCUAUAGGAAAGAGGAUGAUGGACAAGGGAGGGGACAAACUGCUGAUGCCACAGCCCAAAAGCAUCACAUAAAAGACCAAACCACCACAUUAAAUGCCUUCAGUGAAAUGAAUCAAAGCUAUGAGAGCAGAAAGCAGAUGAACUCUAGGCUGGUGGUGCCUUUCCCUGGUCUUACACAAAGUAGAACACUGAACCGGCACUGCUGUCAAAAUGGGGGGACUUGCAUCCUGGGCAGCUUUUGUGCUUGUCCCAAAUACUUCGUUGGCAGAUACUGUGAGCAUGAUGAGCGGAAGAGCAACUGUGGCCCGUUCGCACAUGGGGAAUGGAUAGAAAAAGGUUGCCAGUUAUGCCGAUGUGGUUACGGUGUCCUCCAUUGCUUAUCCAAACAAAUGCAAAACUGUGCUAUAAGAAAGGAAGAGGAAUUUAUCCAUUUACCUUCAAAUUGUCCAAGAUUGCAGCAAACAAUGUCCUUUCUUAUGCUCCUGCUAGGUGGCUUCUUUGCAUUGUUUUGCACAAAGUUCACAUAUUAA